AUGGACAUUCGUUUCCUAGCUUCAGCAGCUGUUACAGCGUUAGCCACGGUUGGCCUUGCAAGUGCAACAGUAGGUGUAUUCAAUAUCAAUGACCUCCUGCAACCAGAUCUACAACAUGUCCUCGGUUCAGCUGAAACCCAUCACCAUGUGCCAUGGUCACACAGGCCAUACUGCAUUACCAGCUCGUAUCUUACCACACUGGAUCAGGAAUAUUGCGUCUAUACAUCCAACACAACAGGCCCACAUGGCCUUUCCCUCGUCUUCUCCCCAGCUUCCGCACAUUUAGCAACAAAAUAUCUCGACGACAACCCAAUCAAUAGUUUCCUAACGCAGCAAGACGCUGAACGUCUGUACCUUGGCGGCCAACCAUGGAAGAUCGUGGACGUACCUGGGAAAGCGAAAGGCGUAGUAGCUACUCGGAAGAUCAAGAUGUACGAGACAUUCAUGAUUGACCAAGCAGCUGUUGUGGUAGAUGUAGAAGCCGAGAAUGCUUUGACCAAUGAGGAGAACAGGAAGUUGUUGAAGAGGGCGGUGGAUCAAUUGCUCGUGCCGGGUAUGGUUCGAGAUAUGAGUGCUGCGCAUGCCGGAAACAGAGGCGACGCCAAUGAAGGUGAUGAAGAACAGGACACAGAAGGGAGAUUGGAAGAUGAUAUUAUGAAGACAAAUUCUUAUGGAAGUACGGUGGCUGAGGUCAGCUCGAAGGCGUUAUAUCCACUGAUUUCACGAAUAAACCAUGCCUGCAACCCGAAUUCCUUCGUUCUCUUCUCUCGCGCUGGCGUCUCAAUGGCCAUAAAAGCCUACCGCGAUAUCGAACCUGGCGAGGAAAUCACCGUAUCCUACCUCCUCCUAGGACUCCCCUCUCCGAAACGCCAAUCUCUAAUACGGCGCUGGGGUUUCAAAUGCACAUGCGACCUAUGUAGCCUCCCUAUCCAAGAACGACAGGCUUCAGAUCUCCGCCGCACCGUGAUCGCGCAAGCCGAGGAAAAGAUCAUAGAACUAGCGCAAGAGUACAAACUCACCGAAGCGAUAUCUCUGGCAGAAGAAUCUGUGGAGAUGAUCAAGGAAGAGGGGAUUUGGUCCAUGUUGACUGAUGAGUACGCCAUGUUGGCGAUGCUAUGGUUGGAGAAGGGGGAUAAAGGGAGAGCGGAAAUGUACGGUAAGAAGACGCAUAGGCUGUUGGCAGACCUGGGAUUCUUGGGCAUCGGAGAGGAAAGGGAGGCGUGGAAUUUGGAGACGCUGCUGACGAACAUUGGAGGGUUGGGUGGUAUGGGGGAGGCAUGGAAGAAGGGUCCGUUGAGAGGCUGA